UGUGAGCAAUGUUUAAAUCGCAGUGAUUUGCUACGGAGGCAAGUCCCGGUUGAUCUCAUUGUGUGUACUUUCUAAGGCAGUGACCAUCCACUAUGGUCUCUUGGGUCUCAACACUGCUUCCUAGAACUGUCCGUUCCUUGACAACAUCAUCAAAGAAGCAGAGAGUUGAUGAUUGCCAUCGGCACCAGGAGGCGUAUGGGUACUUCUUGCCCAUCCAAACGAGGUGGCAGGACAAUGAUCAAUAUGGCCAUGUGAACAAUGUCGUGUACUACAGCUACUUUGACACUAUUAUCAACCACUACCUGAUCAGGUACUGUGGCCUGAAGACCGGCUUGCUAACAUCCCAUUUGGUGGGGCUCAUGGCGACCAAUCAGUGCACCUUCUACACACCCGUCGGCUUUCCUCAGAUCCCAGUGGCUGCCUUAGCUGUGGAGAAAGUGGGCCAGUCCAGCGUGCAUUAUCGACUUGCUCUGUUUCCACCAAAGGCCACCCAGGGGCCACCUUCAGUAGAUCACCAGGACCUCAACGAUGGCUUUUUCUUUGCCCACCCCAAGCUGUCACAGUUUGAUGCCUUGGCUUGUACCACCGGCUCUUCGGUCCACGUCUUUGUGAAUCCAGCCACCGGCAAGCCAACAAGCCUUCCAGAACACUUCAAGGAGGGCCUCCUGAGGCUGAGGACCCCAACUGCUGUGUGAAUCCUCAGAACCAAACAUCGUAGAUCUCAUGCAAUAAAGUUGCAGUUAGUCUCUCAA